UGUGAGAUGGAGCUGGGCUAAAGCGCGAGCGCGUCCCUCUAGACGUUAUUAGUCUACAUGGAGGCGCACUUCCGUCCCGCAUAAAUCGGUUUAGGGGAGCAGGUGCAGGGAAGGGGACUGAAGCAUCACCUCAGAUAAAGCAAUAUAUUUGAUUUACUGUAGCGUUUAAUUUAUACAUAUACGCUGGCUCGGAAGAUGGUAGCAAAACAAAGAAUCCGUAUGGCAAACGAGAAGCACAGCAAAAACAUCACUCAGAGGGGGAACGUGGCGAAGACCCUGCGACCGCAGGAGGAGAAAUAUCCGGUGGGGCCAUGGCUUCUGGCACUCUUUGUAUUUGUUGUCUGUGGAUCAGCCAUUUUUCAGAUAAUUCAAAGUAUCCGAAUGGGAAUGUGAGUCCCAGUGUUGUUCACAUACCCUGGCCUACAUCUGAAUGAGAUUCUUCGUGUGAUCGGAUACAAUCUGAAGGAAGACUGGAAGGUUGAAGUCGUCCUCUGCGUGGGUCAGAGGCUUGUAUGCUGAGCUGGAUCUAGUGUACAGAACUACAUGACAUUGUCACACAUGUUUACAGUGUUCCCUGGAUGAAGGGAACACAUGCUUUUCUACAGAACCAUUUUUGUUUUUGACAUCUUAUCAUUUUUAUCAUAUUUAUUUGUGAUUGAUGAUCGCCAUGAUCUAUUUCUCUAUUUAACUGUGUUUGCGUGAGCCUUUUUCAAAUAAACGUCAAACACUUUUGGAUAA